CCAGCAGCUCUGGCUGCUAAGCGGAGCAGGUGAAUGCUAGGAAAGAUCAGGAGCCGCCUGGGCAGCCGCAGGCCUGUCCCACCAGACCCCUGCCCUCCAGACAUGUCCCCAGGGCGCCUUGAUCCCUAGCUCUGUGGUCCUUCAGGGGUAAAGGCAGACUGAGCGCCACCACCCCAGGGCCGGCGCCAUGCCCCUGACCCGGGCGCAGCCAGCAGCUGGCACGGAGGACAUGGAAACAGUUGCCCCAGCCGUGGACCUAGUGCUGGGAGCCUCAGCCUGUUGCCUGGCCUGCAUCUUCACCAACCCCCUGGAAGUGGUGAAGACGCGGCUGCAGCUGCAGGGGGAGCUGCAGGCCCCGGGCACCUACCACCGGCCCUACCGGGGCUUGGUGGCCUCAGUAGCAGCUGUGGCCAGAGCAGACGGACUGGGUGGCUUGCAGAAGGGGCUGGCCGCCAGCCUCCUCUACCAGGGCCUCAUGAACAGCGUCCGCUUCUACUGCUACAGCCUGGCCUGCCAGGCUGGCCUCACCCAGCAGCCAGGUGGCACCGUGGUGGCAGGCGCUGUGGCUGGGGCACUGGGAGCCUUCGUGGGGAGUCCCGCUUACCUGGUCAAAACGCAGCUGCAGGCCCAGACGGUGGCCGGGAUGGCUGUGGGGCACCAGCACCACCACCAGAACGUCCUGGGCGCCUUGGAGACCAUCUGGCAGCAGCAGGGCCUGGCAGGGCUGUGGCGGGGCGUGGGCGGGGCUGUGCCCCGAGUCAUGGUUGGCUCGGCUGCCCAGCUGGCUACCUUCGCCUCUGCCAAGGCCUGGGUGCAUGAGCGGCAGUGGCUCCCGGAGGACAGCUGGAUGGUGGCCCUGGCCGGAGGCAUGAUCAGCAGUGUGGCCGUGGUGGCGGUCAUGACUCCCUUUGACGUGGUCAGCACCCGGCUGUACAAUCAGCCCGUGGAUGGAGCUGGCAGGGGCCGGCUGUACAGUGGCCUGGCGGACUGCCUGGUGAAGAUCUGGCGGCAGGAGGGCCCCCUGGCACUCUACAAGGGCCUGGGCCCCGCCUACCUGCGCCUGGGCCCCCACACCAUCCUCAGCAUGUUCUUGUGGGACGAGCUCCGGAAACUGGUCAGACCGGGCCGGCGCCAGGACACCUAAGCCACAUCCCUCAGCCCCCCACCCCAUCCUGACACCUUUCACCACCCACUCCAGCUGGGAAUGGCCACCGUGGAGCCAGCCAUAGGCCCAGGCCUGGCUGCAGGUCUGGGGAGAACGUGGGCGGCUGUAGUCAACCAGCCCCGUGACCCACCGCCCCGCUCCGAAUCACCACCCACUCUGUCCUCCAGAAAGUUCUCUUCCCUUCCUCCUCUGUCUGGGGUUGCCUUGCCCCAGGGUCUUGCUCAUCCUCACGCUAACCGCUGCGGAGCAUCGCCGUGAGCUGGGUCACUUACCCGCACCUGCGCGCUUCAUUCUGAAGCAGCAGCGUGAAUACAAUCUUCCUCUGCUGAUGAGGAGGCCGAGGCACAGAGGCGCAGAGGGUGCCAUGACUGGAGCUCAGCCCCGCCCAGACCAGGCCUGUGCCCUGGGCAAGGACCGGGCCCCUGGGGGCUGGCGCGUCUCUGAGGGGUCACUGCACACGUGAGGAGACCCCGGGUGCACCAAGGCAUGCCACCAUCUGUGGUGGCUGCCGUGACAAAGUGCCUCAGCCUAGGCAGCUGUGACGACAGAAGGGUGUCUUCUCGCCAUUCUGGUAGCCGAUGUCCGAGAUGAAAGGGUCGACAGGGUUGGUUUCUUCCAAGACCUUUCUCCUCGGCUUGCAGGCGGCCAGCUUCUCUGUGUCCUUCCUUCUGUGCGUGUCUGCGCCCUCGUCCCCUCUCCUUAUGAGGACACCAGGCCCACCUUGGCGACCUCAUCAUGUCCACUUAAUCCCCUCUUGAAGGACCCAGGCUCCAACUAAGUCACAUUCUGGAGUCCAGGGCCUUGGACUUCAUUACAUGAAUGGAGGGACACAGUUCAGGCCAUCGCACCAACGAAGGGCUUUUACAAAGGUCUUGCUAGGCGCCCAGCCCUGCCAACGUGCACACAGACCUCGUAACAACCCUGAAAGGGAGCCCCCACCGUGCCCGUUGUCCGGAUGAGGAGACCGGGGCCGGGGCAGGGGAGCGACUUCCCCAAGGUGCGUCGCAGAGCCAAGCGUCCUCAACCAGGCCCUGUCCCCAAGCUGCAGCCACACUCCCCACGUGGGUGGGUCCCUUUGUGCUCACCCGCAGACGCCCAAGCCCCUGGAAGGGGCAGGACAGGUCCAGGUCGAGCAGCCUGAUGCACCUUCCUGCCAACACCCGGUGUCUUGGACAAGCUGCCCCGCCCCCCCCGGGGAACGCCUACCAACACUCCAGACCAAUAAAGUUUUCUAUUUUGUUUACUGCUA